GUCAGUACACGGUCGGUCGGUACACGGGCAGUCCGGUGUCGGUCGGUAGAGGGGAGUCGGUCAGUGACAGUCCGGUGUCGGUCGGUGAGAGCCGGUGUAGCGGCAGCAGGGAACUCCCCGCCGGCCUCUCUGCACAUGCUCAGGCCGGCGCUUUGUGCUGUGUGUCAGGGAGGAGGAGGAGGAGGAGGGGGAUGGAUGCAGCUGGAUUAGCCGCUCGCAGCCCAUCAUCAUCAUCAUCAUCACCAUGACCGCAGGAAGCGGCUGCUGACGGGACCCGGGACCGGGGAUCUCACACAGGACGCGACCGGGGAUUACACCGUGACAGCAGCGACCUUUACCGGGGAAAGCACCGAGGAUGUGGCUGCCAGAGACAGGCCCCGGCCCCCGGGAGACAGCACUAUUGUACUGACCCUCCUUCAUCACACGCUGGAUGUGGGCGCCUAUAGACCCCAUAGGAGGAUCCCCACACUGCAGGUCCCUAUAGGAGGAUCCCCACACUGCCCCCCACACUGCUGGUCCCUAUAGGAGGAUCUACAGACUGCCCUCCACACUGCUGGUCCCUAUAGGAGGAUCCCCACACUGCCCCCCACACUGCUGGUCCCUAUAGGAGGAUCUACACACUGCCCUCCACACUGCAGGUCCCUAUAGGAGGAUCCCCACACUGCCCCUCACACUGCUGGUCCCUAUAGGAGGAUCCCCACACUGCCCCCCACACUGCUGGUCCCUAUAGGAGGAUCCCCACACUGCCCCCCACACUGCUGGUCCCAAUAGGAGGAUCCCCACACUGCUGGUCCCUAUAGGAGGAUCCCCAUACUGCCCCUCACACUGCUGGUCCCUAUAGGAGGAUCCCCACACUGCUGGUCCCUAUUGGAGGGUCCCCACACUGCCCCCCACUGCUGGUCCCUAAAGGAGGAUAUACACUCUGCCCUCCACACUGCUGGUCCGUAUAGGAGGAUCCCCACACUGCUGGUCCCUAUUGGUGGGUCCCCACGCUGCCCCCCACUCUGCUGGUCCCUAUGGGAGGAUCCCCACUCUGCUGGUCCCUAUAGGAGGAUCCCCAAACUACUGGUCCCUAUAAUGGGAUCCCAACACUGCUGGUCCCUAUAAGAGGAUCCCUAUACUGCCGGUCCCCAUAGGAGGACCCACAUACUGCCCCAUACUGCUGGACCUUAUAGGAGGAUCCCAGCACUGUCCUCCACACUGCUGGACCCUACAGGAGGUUCCUCACACUGCCCCCCCGCCACACACACUGCUGAACCCUAUAGAAGGAUCCGCAUACUGCCCCCCCCCACUGCUGGACCCUAUAGCAGGAUCCACAUACUGCCCCCCUACUGCUGUACCCUGUUGGAGGAUCCCACACUGUUCCUUACACAGCUGGUCCCUAUAGGAUGAUUACACAUACUGCUGGAUCCUAUAGGAGGAUUCACAUACUGUCCCCACACUGCUGGUCCUUAUAGGAGGAUCCCCAUACUGCCCCCACACUGCUGGACCCUAUAGGGAGAUUGCACACACUGACCCCACUUUGCUGGACCCUAUAGGAGGAUUCCCAUACUAUGCCCACACAGCUGGACCCUCUUGAAGAAUUACCAUGUCGUCCGCACACUGAUGAACCCUAUAGAAGGAUUAUCAUACUGUCCCAACAGUUCUGGGCCAUAUAGAAGGAUCCCAUACUUCGCCAACAGUGCUGGACCCUAAAGAAGGAUCACCCCAUACUGUCAGAGUGCCGGAGCAUAUAGAAGGAUUCCCAUUCUGCCCCCCACAUUGGUGGACCCUAUACAUGGAUUUCUAUAAUGUCAUCACAUAACUGGACCCUAUAGGACUAUUGUACAUACUAUUGCCGCACUGUUGGGCAUUAUAGAAGGAUUCCUAUACUGUUCCCUCACUGCUGGACCAUAUAGAAGGAUCCCCUACGCAACUGGACCAUAUAGAAGGAUUACCGUACCGUACCCACACUGCUGGACCAUAUAGAAGGUUUUACCAUACCGUACCCACACUGCUGGACCAUAUAGAAGGAUUACCAUACCGUACCAACACUGCUGGGCCAUAUAGAAGGAUUACCAUACCGUACCCACACUGCUGGACCAUAUAGAAGGAUUUCCAUACUUUACCAACAGUGCUGACCCUAUAGAAGGAUUCCACAUCAUAGUUCUUCUAAUCUGGGAUCUAUAGAAGUAUUCCACAUACUGUCCCCGAACAGCAUGCCCCUAUAGAAAGUUACAUAUAAUGUCCCCAAGCUGCUGGACCCUAUAGAAGGAUUACACAUAAUUUCCUCACUCAGCUAGACCCUAUAGAAAAGAUUCCAUAUACUGUCCCCUCAGUGCACUACACAGCUAGACCACAUUCAUAUUCUGCAUCCUAUAGAAGGGUUCCCCAUAGUUUUUAUAUAAAACAGGACCCUAUAGAAGGAUUCCACAUCUUUUCUAACAAUGCUGCACACUUCCCCCACAAAUCUGAACCCUAUAGAAGAAUCUUGUUCCCUCUCCCCUGGAAACUGCAGCCUAUAGAAUGAUUUUAUAUGUUGUCCUUACAGAGGUGCAUCAUAUAGCAGACUGACAUAUACCGUCCUUACAUUGCUGGACACUCUACAGUAGUUGGCCAUUAUAUACUGUCCACAUUGCUUGAUCCUAAUGUAGGUUAUUAUAUAUUGCCCUCACUAAGCACAAAUAUCCCCAGUUUAGUCCUCAUAUAGACGCACAGACCACAUACCUCUAGCACAUAGCUUGUGUAGGACGCCACAUUAAUUAUACGCUGGCCAUUGUCCGGCCUUCCAUGCACUGGACAUAGGACCUACUGUAGGUGACCCUGGCGACCUUCUACCUCCUGUGGUUGUCUGCUCUUGGAUUUGUGACCAUGUUGGACUGGAGUAUAGGCCUACAAGCACCCGUCAUGUGCCCAGGAUGUCCUGGGGCAUCUUUCCUGAGAUCUGGACUCUUCUACUUGUUGCUCUUUGCUCACAGCUCCCAGGGCAGAGCCUGCGAGAAGAGCCCGUGCUUCUCCGGCCGAUGUGUCAACUCCACCUGUGUGUGCGACCCGGGCUGGGUAGGAGAACAGUGCCACCACUGCCAGGGGAGAUUCAAGCUGACAGAGCCCUCCGGCUUCCUGACGGACGGACCCAUCAACUACAAGUACAAGACCAAGUGCACGUGGCUGAUAGAGGGCUACCCCAACGCCGUCCUGAGGCUCCGAUUCAAUCACUUUGCCACGGAAUGCAGCUGGGACCAUAUGUAUGUUUAUGACGGAGACUCUAUAUAUUCCCCUCUGAUCGCUGUCCUGAGCGGUCUGAUAGUCCCGGAGGCGGCUGGAAACGAGACAGUCCCGGAGGUUGUGACGACAUCAGGAUACGCCUUGCUGCACUUCUUUAGCGACGCUGCUUACAACCUGACCGGCUUCAACAUCUUCUACUCACUGAACUCCUGCCCCAACAAUUGCUCCGGCCACGGCAAGUGCACGACGAGCAGCUCAGUGCCCAGCCGGGUAUACUGUGAAUGUGAUAAAUACUGGAAGGGAGAAGCCUGCGACAUCCCCUACUGCAAGAACAACUGCGGGAGCCCCGACCACGGCUACUGUGACCUGACUGGCGAGAAGCUGUGCGUCUGCAAUGACAGCUGGCAAGGUCCGGACUGCUCGCUGACCGUCCCCUCCACGGACUCUUACUGGAUCCUGCCUAACGUCAAGCCCUUCAGCCCCUCGGUGGGGCGGGCCUCUCAUAAAGCCGUCCUGCAUGGGAAGUUUAUGUGGGUGAUCGGAGGCUACUCCUUCAAUUACAGCUCCUUCCAGAUGCUGCUGAACUACAAUGUAGAGAGCAGUAUUUGGAACGUGGUGCCAGUGGUUCGGGGACCUCUGCAGAGAUACGGGCACUCGCUGGCGCUCUACCAGGAUGAGAUCUACAUGUACGGAGGGAAGAUUGAGGCCAGCGCAGGAAACGUUACCAAUGAGCUCUGGAUCUUCAACAUCAGCAGCCAGUCUUGGACGUCCCGGACGCCCUCUGUUCUGAACCAUGGUCAGCUGUAUGCGGUGGAGGGGCACUCGGCACACAUCGUGGAGAUGGACAGCCGCGAUGUGGUCAUGGUCAUUAUCUUUGGCUAUUCUUCAGUCUACGGCUACAUCAGCAACGUCCAGGAAUACUAUAUAAGGUCCAACACGUGGCUGGUUCCGGAGACGCGGGGAGCCAUUGUGCAAGGAGGAUAUGGUCACACCAGUGUCUACGACCCGAUCACAAAGUCAGCAUACGUGCAUGGGGGGUACAAGGCUCUGCCAGGCAACAAGUACGGCCUCGUGGACGACCUCUACCGAUAUGAAGUCAAUACCAAGACCUGGACGAUCCUGAAGGAGAGCGGUCUGUCGCGGUACCUGCACUCCGCCGUGCUGAUCAGCGGUGCCAUGCUGGUGUUUGGCGGCAACACUCAUAACGACACGUCUCUGAGCAAUGGUGCCAAAUGCUUUUCUGCCGACUUCCUGGCCUAUGACAUCGCCUGUGAUGAUUGGAAGGUUCUGCAGAAACCCAACCUGCACCGCAAUGUCAACCGGUUUGGCCACUCUGCGAUCGUCAGCAACGGGUCCAUGUAUAUAUUCGGUGGAUUCUCCAGCGUGCUUCUCAAUGACAUCUUGGUGUAUAAACCUCCGAGCUGCGAGGCGUUCCACACUCCGGAACAGUGCACGGGCGCCGUACAGGGCAUCAGCUGUCUGUGGGAUCGAGACCAUUGUGUGUCAUGGGAGACUGCACACUCCAGCAGCAGCGGCCUGUUCCGGGCCCAUUGCCGCAACAGAUCCGCGCCAGCAGAUGACAGAUGCUAUAAAAACACUGACUGCGCCAGCUGUACCGCCAACACCAACGCCUGCCAGUGGUGUGAUGACAAGAAGUGUAUGUCGCUCACCAGCAACUGCAGUGUGUCCGUGAAGAAUUACACAAAGUGUUAUGUGAGGAACGAGCAGAUCUGCAACAAGCUGACCAGCUGUAAGAGCUGCUCCCUCAACCUGAACUGCCAGUGGGACCAGAGACAGCAGGAGUGCCAGGUCCUGCCGGCCCACUUAUGCGGAGAAGGCUGGAGCCACGUGGGAGACGCCUGUCUGCGUAUAAACUCCAGCCGGGACAGCUAUGACAAUGCGAGAGUGUACUGCCACAAUCUGAGCGGCAGCCUCGCCUCACUCACCUCCUCUAAGGAAGUGGACUUUGUCCUGGAUGAGAUGCAGAAAUAUACAGUGCAGAAACUGUCGCCGUGGGUGGGGUUACGGAAGAUCAAUGUGUCCUACUGGGGCUGGGAGGAUAUGUGCCCCUUCACCAACACCACCCUCCAGUGGCUGCCGGGGGAGCCCAGCGACUCUGGAUUCUGUGCCUACCUGGAGAGAGCCGAGGUGGCUGGGCUGAAGGCUAACCCCUGCACCGCCAUGACGGACGGACUCGUGUGCGAGAAGCCAGUUGUCAGCCCCAAUCAGAACGCCCGUCCCUGCAAGACACCAUGUUCUCUGCGGACCUCCUGCUCCAACUGCACCAGUAACGGAAUGGAGUGUAUGUGGUGCAGCAACACGAAGCGCUGCGUGGACUCAAACGCUUACAUCAUCUCCUUUCCCUAUGGACAGUGCCUGGAGUGGCAGACCAACACCUGCUCGCCCCAAAACUGCUCCGGAUUCCGCACCUGUUCCCAGUGCCUGGAGCACCCCGGAUGCGGCUGGUGCAAUGACCCAAGUAACACCGGUAAGGGGCAUUGUGUGGAAGGGUCGUCCCGAGGACCCAUGAGGCUGCUGGGGAAGCACACGAGUGAGAUGGUGCUGGAUACGGGUCUGUGCCCCCGGGAGAAGAGCUACGAGUGGUCUUUUAUACACUGCCCAGCGUGCCAGUGUAACGGGCACAGCACCUGCAUCAACACCAACGUAUGUGAGCAGUGUAAAAACCUGACUACAGGAAAACAGUGCGAGGCCUGUAUGCCGGGUUACCACGGCAACCCCACCAAUGGCGGAGAGUGCGAAGCCUGUGAAUGUAACGGACACGCCAGUAUCUGCGAGAUGCAGACCGGAAAAUGCCACUGCACCACCAAGGGGAUCAAAGGAGACCACUGCCAACUCGUGAAGUGCGUGGGUGGAAAUAAAAACAGUCUUCUGAUUGACUAUCAGUUCACAUUCAGCCUCAUUCAGGAAGAUGAUCGUCACCACACAGCCAUCAACUUCAUCGCCAACCCCGAGCAGUCAAAUAAGAAUUUGGACAUUUCCAUCAAUGCCUCCAACAACUUUAACCUCAACAUCACCUGGUCUAUCGGAUCCACAGCCGGUACGAUAUCUGGAGAAGAGGUCCCGCUGGUCGCCAAGACUCACACUAAGGAAUAUCGGGAUAGUUUCUCCUGCGAGAAGUUCAACUUCAGAAGUAAUCCCAACAUCACGUUCUACGUCUACGUCAGCAACUUCUCCUGGCCCAUCAAGAUACAGAUCGCCUUCUCACAGCACAAUACAAUCAUGGACCUGGUGCAGUUCUUCGUCACCUUCUUCAGCUGUUUCCUGUCGCUGCUACUGGUGGCCGCCGUGGUCUGGAAGAUUAAACAGACGUGUUGGGCAUCGCGUCGGAGAGAGCAACUCAUGCGAGAGCGUCAGCAGAUGGCGAGCCGACCCUUCGCCUCCGUAGAUGUGACGCUGGAGGUGGGAGCUGAGCAGACGGAGUUGGUGCGGGGACCUGCGGAGGGUGUGCCGAAACCCAUCGCUAUUGAGCCGUGUUCCGGGAAUAAAGCCGCCGUCCUCACUGUGUUCCUCUGCCUGCCAAGAGGGUUAACCGGGGUGCCUCCGCCGGGACAGUCAGGUCUCGCCAUCGCCAGCGCCCUGAUAGACAUAUCCCAACAGAAAUCCUUGGACUGCAAGGAUAAAAGCUCCUGCAUUCGGAACCGGAAGCCGCACCCCCCAACCCGACAAGGAACUUGCGUCUGAAGCCUCCGACCAGACGGGCGGAUUUGACGAUAUAUUGUUGUUGGGUUCUUUUUCUUGUUUUUUUUCUUUCCUUAAACGGCUUCCACUGAAAGGUCUACGAGUUAUCAACGAGGCCUCGGAGGUAGAUCCACCGACUCUCCGCGCACCGGGAACUUCCCGGGAGCCGCCAAGCGGAGUGCGAUUGCAUGACGAGUGGCGCUGUCACCACAUCUGGAGGAGGGACUCGUGCGGCAUCUCGUGACAACGCGGCUAAUGAACCAUUUCCAGGACGUUGUGUGAAUUAGGGCGUAUAUGUGUAAAUAUCGCGUGGAGACAGCUUCCACGGAGCGGCAUGUCUGUAACCGGUGACGACGAAAAGGGACUUCUGCGAAAAUAAUGGGUACUUGAACAAAUGAGCACUAAGUAGACUUUUGUUAUUAAUAUAUAUAUAUAUAUAUAUAUAUAUAUAUAUAUAUAUAUAUAUAUAUACACACACACACACACACACAUAUGGGACACAGUCAGGGCAGCGGAUGUAUUUAAUGCUGCAUUUAGACACAAGACACGGAAGGGACAGCUAGCCGCACUGGCCACAGAAUGAUCAGCGAUCCCUAUCACGGAACUCCCGCCAGUUACAAUAGGGAACCACCACUCUGCUCCGUCGCAGAAGGAUGCUAGAUUUGUUCUCCUGCUUUUAUUGCUCUGUAGAGAAUGGGUUAGUGCAAUACACAGUAACACAGAACUCCGCUACCGUCACAGAAGCUUUAUCCCAGACAUCGGCAAACGCAGCCGGAGGGGCUGCGGGCUAAUGGCCUAUUUACAUAGCACCGUUUCCCGGCUGCUGCUAAUCGCUGACAAGAAGUCAGGCUGAUGCGUACAAAGGAUUUGAGGGGAAGCGUCAGGAUGUGAAGGCCGUAGCGGAUAGCUUUCCUCCGUCUCCUAAUGAUGCAGAUAGAGCAGCCUUUGUACCACGGCUGACGUGGUUGGAGGCACUCGUUUCCCAGGAGCUGCUGGCGUGCCUCGUCCGGCUUAAUGGGAGCAGCAGCACACGGAGGAGGCGUGCAGGAGGCUGUUUGCACAUGCCAAGGUAGUGAUAGAGCCGGGGCGAUGACACAAGACGGACGCGCCGACACCUUUUGUAUCACAGAAGAUAGUGGACCAGUGAUAAAUGAUGUUUUGCAAUCUCUGUGUUCCCAUUUUCUCGUUUUGCUGUUUACAAUGGACUGUGGACUGUGUGGGUAAAUGCAUGCCAACGGUGCAAUGGAGUAAUAUAUUUUCUCUUUUUUUUAUUAUUAUUAUAAUUAUUUGUUUCCGUGUUUUAAUUUGUAAUUCAGUUCCUAUGAGAAUCUUCAGCUCUGUUUUGCUGGAAAUGUACAUUAUUAUAUAUAUAGGACACAAUGUACAGUUUGUAACUACGUCAUAUACAGGAUCCUGCGGGUUGCAUUCAGCGGGGAAUGCGACAUUAUUCCAAUAAAAUGUGUUUUUAUCUCUAA